GUGCAAAGUCUGUAACUAAAGCAAUGAAGGAAGUUACCUCAGGGACCCAGUGGGAUGAGGGCUCAAAGUGUUUUUUUUUGGAUUGUUCGACAAAGGUAAGAUAUCUCUCUUAUGAGAGUCAUCAAAAGCUAUAUUCUCUCCACAAUUAUCUACAGAUGUCAAAUUCCUUCGUGAUAUAAGAUGAAUACAAUGGAAUAUAAUAAUUGUGAAUAUUUUACAGUGAAAAGUACAAGGACUCUUGUGUACUUCUGCAUGAAGAACAGUCCACCCAACGAAGAAGAAUUUCAGGGUACACUGUUGAACAUUUAAUAAUGUUGAACAAGAGACAUUAUACUUACUAUAAUUAUUAGUACUGAUUUAUUAAUCUAUUUUUCUAUAACUUGGUGUAUUUAUUACUCAGGGAAAUCAUGUCAGAUGCCAUGCGGAGUCAAAGUGCAAGCAGAAUGGCUAUGUGAUGAGCAAAAAACUUUUAACUAAACCUGAAGUAGUAGCCACAUGCAGGGAAGUCAUUAUGGGCACUUCAAUUUAUAGGCAUGCAUCGGACUACAUGCGGGUAAUUAAUUGACGCAUGCUGUAUGUUUAUGUUUCUUUGCAUGAAGAAGUUUAUCUCUUCUUCCAAAUUAAUGAUGUUGAGGUAAGGGCCAUAAAUGAGUUGAACAAAUUCAUUUUCCAGUUAAAGAAAAAUUACCCAUAAUUUGUUGCCUUCUUCAGUGCAGGGAAACAUUAUUGGAUUGAGUCUCUCCAUUCAGUGAUGCUCAUUUAUGCUGCAAAGCGGAUUCAUUAUGGGGAUGACACAUACAACAUGUGCAUGGAGUUAGCCAUUCUUGAUUGGGUAAGAAACUUAUGUUGUUAAUUCUGCUCAAUUACUUUGGCACUUUUUGGAUUCACUGCCUUCUCUUGCUCAUUGACUCAUUUGUCUUACAGAAUGAAAAUGUGAAUCGAGAAGCAUCAUCUCUACAGAUGUACCAACAUACCAGGCAUCCAAACCGCUUGGCAGAGACCAGGGUGCUUACUUCAAAGACAUUUAAUUUCAGAGAAACUAUCUGGUCUACCUUUUUUAAUAUAAACAAAUGAUGUCUCUUCUGUUUUCCAUUGCACCACAGUUUCUGUGAUAAUUACAACUAGGAGCCCAAAUGUUCAGUAUUAAUAUGUGAGGUCAUUAGGGAGGACCAAUUCUAACAACUGCUGGUACCAAGCAAUGAAAACAUGAAUAUUAGGUUUGACACAAGGUAUUUCCAAGCAGACUCAUUCUCUGUUUCCUCCUGUUACUUUUCUUUGCACUGUAUAUCUUUUCCUAACCUAUAGGAAAGUCACUAUAAUUUGCUGUGUGGACAUUGUAAAAUGUACCAUAAAAAAAAAUUGGGUACUUGGGCUCUCUUUGAGGUGGGCAUUUGUAUGAGAAUUUUAUUAUUCGCUUUUAUGCCCCAUGUAGGCAAUACCAGGAGGGUUAGGAAACCUUGAGCUCACAUUUCUUAUAACACAAUUGGACAUCCUUUCCCGCACUACAUUAACGUGGUCCCCCAGUUCGACUUUUCUAGCCUGGUAAAGAGGGUCUUUCCAGAGCCCACAUUUGUUCAAUGCUCUCCAGUACGUUUUCUAAUCUUUUCUACGUCGCACGUGAUUUUGAAUAUGUGCUUCGCGAUAGCCAAGGUAUUCGCGACUGUCGGUCGUUACACAUGGCGUUUGCCAACAGUAAAUACACAUUUCGAACUCGUCCCCUCUUGCAUCGGCUAUUGUGGAGACAAAGUGAAAUAACUGUUAGAGCGAAAGCGCAACUGAACGGUCAUGAAGUAUGAUAUGAUCGUACAACUAGUCUUCCCGCCUACAUUUUAUUUUGGACAAUUUUUUAUGUACAUUUUUUCAUGUUUAAUUGACACGUAUGCCCAUGGUGUAGCAUAAAAUAUCGCAAUAAAUAUAACUUGUCGUUCUAAAGAAAUAACUCCUUUCAAAAUAUUCUUAGGCAGGACAAAACAUUCUUAGACAGGACAAAACAUUCUUAUGCAGGACAAAACAUUCUUAUGCAGGACAAAACAUUCUUAUGCAGGACAAAACAUUCUUAGACAGGACAAAACAUUCUUAUGCAGGACAAAACAUUCUUAGGCAGGACAAAACAUUCUUAGUCAGGACAAAACAUUCUUAGGCGGGACAAAACAUUCUUAGGCAGGACAAAACAUUCUUAUGCAGGACAAAACAUUCUUAUGCAGGACAAAACAUUCUUAGGCAGGACAAAACAUUCUUAUGCAGAACAAAACAUUCUUAGGCAGGACAAAACAUUCUUAGGCGGGACAAAACAUUCUUAUGCAGGACAAAACAUUCUUAGGCAGGACAAAACAUUCUUAGGCAGGACAAAACAUUCUUAUGCAGGACAAAACAUUCUUAGGCAGGACAAAACAUUCUUAUGCAGGACAAAACAUUCUUAGGCAGGACAAAACAUUCUUAUGCAGGACAAAACAUUCUUAGGCAGGACAAAACAUUCUUAUGCAGGACAAAACAUUCUUAGGCAGGACAAAACAUUCUUAGGCAGGACAAAACAUUCUUAGGCAGGACAAAACAUUCUUAGGCAGGACAAAACAUUCUUAGGCAGGACAAAACAUUCUUAGGCAGGACAAAACAUUCUUAGGCGGGACAAAACAUUCUUAGGCGGGACAAAACAUUCUUAGGCGGGACAAAACAUUCUUAGGCGGGACAAAACAUUCUUAGGCGGGACAAAACAUUCUUAGGCGGGACAAAACAUUCUUAGGCGGGACAAAACAUUCUUAGGCGGGACAAAACAUUCUUAGGCGGGACAAAACAUUCUUAUGCGGGACAAAACAUUCUUAGGCGGGACAAAACAUUCUUAGGCAGGACAAAACAUUCUUAGGCGGGACAAAACAUUCUUAGGCGGGACAAAACAUUCUUAGGCGGGACAAAACAUUCUUAGGCGGGACAAAACAUUCUUAGGCAGGACAAAACAUUCUUAGGCGGGACAAAACAUUCUUAGGCGGGACAAAACAUUCUUAGGCGGGACAAAACAUUCUUAGGCGGGACAAAACAUUCUUAGGCGGGACAAAACAUUCUUAGGCGGGACAAAACAUUCUUAGGCGGGACAAAACAUUCUUAGGCGGGACAAAAAAACAUUCUUAGGCGGGACAAAACAUUCUUAGGCGGGACAAAACAUUCUUAGGCGGGACAAAACAUUCUUAGGCGGGACAAAACAUUCUUAGGCGGGACAAAACAUUCUUAGGCGGGACAAAAAUUCUUAGGCGGGACAAAACAUCUUAGGCGGGACAAAACAUUCUUAGGCGGGACAAAACAUUCUUAGGCGGGACAAAACAUUCUUCUUAGGGGGACAAAACAUUCUUAGGCGGGACAAAACAUUCUUAGGCGGGACAAAACAUUCUUAGGCGGGACAAAACAUUCUUAGGCGGGACAAAACAUUCUUAGGCGGGACAAAACAUUCUUAGGCGGGACAAAACAUUCUUAGGCGGGACAAAACAUUCUUAGGCGGGACAAAACAUUCUUAGGCGGGACAAAACAUUCUUAGGCGGGACAAAACAUUCUAAGGCGGGACAAAACAUUCUUAGGCGGGACAAAACAUUCUUAGGCGGGACAAAACAUUCUUAUGCGGGACAAAACAUUCUAAGGCGGGACAAAACAUUCUUAGGCAGGACAAAACAUUCUUAGGCAGGACAAAACAUUCUAAGGCAGGACAAAACAUUCUUAGGCAGGACAAAACGUUUCGUAGGUGUCACGCAAGGCUGCAUUUCGGAAAAUGAAGGCAUCAAAAGGAAGCAGUGUUAGACAUGAACUGUCGCAUCAUACGAAAAAAAUCUGUGGUUUGCAAGUAUAUUCUAACUAGUAUUUCCUAGUUAGAAAAAAAUCUGCAAUUAGUUACCUCUAGAAAAUUAUUGCGUUACGCGAGUGUUUCGAUCUUGGUGAUACAUUAUCACAGUGAUUGUUGGUAUCGAACUGUAGUCCUAAGUUACCUUUCUAAUGUAUUGUUCCAAAGGUUAAAGAUCAUUCAGUAUUGUUGUAAUCAUAUUAUACUUAGAUUAAAAAAAAAAGAAAAAUAAAUCGCACCAUUUGUGGAGGAAGCCCGUACAGAUGAUUCAUUUGGCGACAUCGAUGCCUGGACAUGUCCGAGUGAAUCGGUGGUUGGCGGCGGUUCACUCGCGCGCUCCAGAACUUCGCCUGCAAUGGUCGCUCUGCUUUUAUUUUUCUUCCGUUGGGUUAACAGCACUUCCCCUUGGCAUUAUUGAAGAAAUGCCUUGAACAUUUCUUCAUCUUUUCUUUUUAUUCUAACGGUCAUCUACAUCCAGUAUUUAAGAACAGACAUGAAAUUACGCCAUGGCAAUUUUAGGCGAUGGCGAAGCGAAUCAUUUCGAAUUUCAAAUUUACCGCCAC